CUUAUAUCCCACCACAUGUGAAAAUAGUAACGGUGAGCUUCAACCUCGAAUGACCACGGUACUUAAAGAAGCUAAUCCAAAUUUCUUUUUCGUCUUUUUAUUGCCAUUAUUCCUACAACUAUCCCUGAAGGUCUCAUUUAUGAAUCCUACUUUCCUACUUAAAGGUCACAUAUCUGCCUGCCGUCUCUAUGUGUUUCAACUAGCCGCGCAAUCCUUCACUGCGCCUCGACUCUGCUGAUCGCUGUCUAUGAUGGUUAUCACCCGAAUCUAGGACUUAUCGAUAAUUAGGGAUCAGUGAUCAGGGACCUACAAUACCUGGACAGCCUUCCGCAUAUUUCUACUCUUUUUAUAUAUUUCGAUACUACCCACAUUCACAUGAUAAUUGUUUUCUAAAAGUCGGCAAAUAAAGAAAAACUAAUUGGGUUGAUUUGCGCCUGCGCCGCGUUCCACUCGGCACGUCCCCACAUAUUUCCCGUUAGUCCCGUCCACUUAUAGUUUGCGCCGGCGAAGAGCUAGGCAACUAUAAAUCCAGCCGCCUUCUACUCCACUGGAGCUUCGUCAUUGGGAAACUUAUUAACCUAGUAAACUUAAACUUAUCAAACCCCUUAUUAACCCAGGAACCUUCUCUUCUAAGAAGAGGGGAAGCUCGGGAACCUCCAACUUGAAACCAUGGUUCCCAACGCCAACGCCAACAGUAGCAGUCCUGUAUCUAACAGCUCUGUGUCACUGCAAUCGCCUAAUGCCAUCCCUCCCAGGACUUCCUCUACCGGAUACAUUACUCCCCUUCCGCCUGUCAAAUCUGUUCUACGCCCUGUUCCGGAAUCUGACUGGUUAAGUCAGAAUAACAACCGUCACCAAAGAGGAUUCUCUAAUUUUGCUGUUCCUAUCACAGGCAUGCAUGCUACCGGACCUCAAGACCCUGCGCGCUAUGAGACGGAGGACUUGAACUACACUUCGCGGAAAACGUGGACAGAGCAAAAGGAAAAGGUACUAAUGGGUCCCUUCGACUACCUGUUUGCCCAUCCCGGAAAAGACUUUCGUACUCUCAUGGUCAAUUCCUUCAAUGCGUGGCUAGAAGUACCACAAGAAAGCCUCGACGUCAUUACUAAAGUUGUUGGUAUGCUACACACCGCAUCCCUACUUGUCGAUGACGUCGAGGACAGUUCCUUACUACGGAGAGGUCUUCCUGUUGCCCACAACAUCUUCGGCACGGCGCAAACCAUCAACUCGGCCAAUUAUGUCUACUUCUGUGCCUUGCAAGAACUACAGAAACUGAAGAACCCGAAGGCGGUUAGUGUAUAUACGGAAGAAUUGCUAAACCUCCACCGCGGUCAAGGGUUAGAUCUCUUCUGGCGUGACACACUCACCUGCCCUACCGAGGAAGAAUAUCUCGAGAUGGUCGGGAACAAGACCGGAGGGCUCUUCCGUUUGGCCAUCAAGCUCAUGCAGGCCGAAUCAGCUACCCCUAUCGACUGCGUUCCCCUAGUCAAUCUGCUCGGAAUUCUCUUUCAGAUCCAAGAUGACUACAGGAACUUGUCGAGCCCCGAGUACGGGCAGAAUAAGGGGCUCUGCGAAGAUCUGACCGAGGGAAAAUUCUCGUUCCUGAUCAUUCAUAGCAUACGCGCAAACCCGUCGAACCUCCAGCUCCUAAACAUCCUUAAGCAGAGGACAACAAACGAGGAGGUGAAGCGGUAUGCCGUGAAGUACAUGGAGACUACGGGAACCUUCGAGUACACUCAAAAGGUAAUUGCAAUCUUAGUUGAGAGGGCGAGAAAGAUGACAGACGAGCUUGACGACGGUAGGGGGAAGAGCACCGGUAUACAUAAGAUCCUGGAUAAGCUAGUAAUAUGAAUGGGCGUUACGACUUGACGAGAAGAUGAAAAGACG